UGUCCUUCCUGUUCACCCAUAAUAACAGUGAUGGCGGCUGCUGCACGGUUCUUCAUCCGAGGGGCUAACUCGAAGAUUUCCAUCUCCGGUGUUGGCACCGGGGGUCAGAGCUCUUUUGGGGCCGCUUUACUAAAACUGUCGCCGGGCUGCAGCCCUAGUUCAAAAACACAACGAAGACAUGCAGCUCACUUUACCUUUCAGCCUGACCCUGUCCCGACAGAAUAUGGUUCGACACAGAAGAUGAACUUGUUCCAGUCAAUUACAAGUGCCUUGGAUAACACCCUCGCGACUGAUCCUACAGCAGUCAUCUUUGGGGAGGAUGUUGCCUUUGGCGGAGUAUUCCGAUGCACAGUUGGCCUAAGAGACAAAUACGGUAAAGACAGAGUCUUCAACACUCCUCUGUGUGAGCAGGGGAUUGUGGGAUUUGGCAUCGGUGCAGCUGUUGCUGGUGCAACAGCUAUUGCUGAGAUCCAGUUUGCUGACUACAUCUUUCCAGCAUUUGAUCAGAUAGUGAAUGAAGCAGCCAAAUACCGCUACCGUUCUGGCAACUUGUUCGACUGUGGGAACCUCACCAUCAGGGCUCCGUGGGGUUGCGUCGGCCAUGGAUCUCUGUACCACUCUCAAAGUCCUGAAGCCUUCUUCGCCCACUGCCCCGGGAUCAAGAUUGUAAUACCACGUAGUCCAGUUCAGGCCAAAGGACUGCUCCUUUCCUGCAUUGCUGAUAAAAACCCGUGCAUAUUCUUUGAGCCCAAGAUUCUGUACAGAGCAGCAGUGGAGCAGGUUCCAGUGGAGUCCUACACCAUCCCACUCUCACAGGCCGAGAUCCUGCAGGAAGGAAGUGAUGUCACUCUGGUCACCUGGGGGACACAGAUCCAUGUGUUGAAGGAGGUGGCCAACAUGGCUCAGGAGAAACUGGGAGUAUCCUGCGAGGUCAUUGAUCUAAGGACCAUCCUUCCCUGGGAUACUGAAACGGUUUGCAAGUCGGUGGUGAAAACUGGGCGUUUGCUCAUCAGUCAUGAGGCACCAAUAACAGGAGGCUUUGCAGCUGAAAUCAGCUCCACAGUCCAGGAAGAGUGUUUCCUUAACCUAGAGGCUCCCAUCAGUAGGGUCUGUGGUUACGACACCCCCUUCCCUCACAUCUUUGAGCCCUUCUACAUCCCAGACAAGUGGAAGUGCUUUGAUGCAAUCAGGAGGAUGAUCAACUACUGAGCACCUGUAAGAGCCAACUUCUGGUAUAACCCCGAACUCUACUCUCUCCAUCUUUCCUCUUCAUUCAUCCAGCCAGUGGAGAGGAGCCAGGAAAAGACACUUUGUUCACCAUCCAAUCACAUAGCAGUAUCCAGAUGGCCUCCAUGUCCCUCUGCAUCCUCAAUCUGAAAGACUGUUACCAUAUCUCCAGCUUAAAGAGCCUUGUUCUCUUGCAAGGAAGACACUACUUGAUGGGCCCUAUCAGCUCAACUUCAGCUGUUCACAUGGAAUUUUCUCCUCGUGGACGUCGGAUCUGGUGGGGAAAACAGAAUAUGGUUGAAUUUGUGACUCAUUUUAUCUGUGCUGUUACUUUUGGUUGAAUGUGUCCACCCCUGCUCAAAUCUUUAGUUAGACAUGAAAUUAAUUGUACUGUACUAAUAUAAAGAAUCUGUGGUUUUUAUGGAAAAUAAAAUAAAGCAAUCACAGUUA